AUGUUCUUCCUAAAAAUUGGCGUUUUCUUGUACUUGAAAUUGUCGCUUUACGAGUUUGUUUUUUCACACCAGAGCCGAAAUCACGUGCAUUACUCGUUCAAAGAAUUGCAAGACGCUGUUAAUGGCGAUUCCUUGAAGUCAGAUGAUCUACAGAGGCUAUUUGACAAGCUGCAUUUCUUGAACUGCUCUGCAAACAAACCGAGUCGAGAUUACCGAAGGGUAAGAUAGGUGUUGUUGGCACAAAUAGCCCAAAAAAGAUGAAAAUGGUACACUAAAACUUAGAAGUCUUAAACUUAACUUAGUAAGGUAAAAGUUUCUAGCGAAAAAUAUAUAUCUCUGAAAACUAAUUACGACGAUUUUUAAUACGAAAGACAAAAAUGAAAAAGUAAAACUAAGCCCAAAUUACGAUGAGAUAACUGGAUUUUUUUACCCCGUAAGACCGAUCGAUCUUCGAAGCUACCCUUUCUCAAUGUCUUCGACCACGCGGUUUUUCAUUAUCUGCAUUCACUUUCACGCUUUGUUCUUUUAGUGUUUCAGCCCUAUAGAAUUGCACGAUAUUCAUGGAUCCUCACCGUCAAAAGCAUUAAAUUCCUCGGAGUUUGUAGAGAUCAGUCCUUCGAUUGUUUACUGCCUUUUGCCAGGGCGUGAAAAGAAUUCUGGUCAACAACGUUGCGAUUCUCCCAGGAACCACAGCGAACUUUUCGACUCGUUUACAGGGAAGUUCAGUCAUGGCGAACACGGGAUAACUUACGAAGCUCUCGAUGAAAUUCUCGAGGAGAUAAACAAGACGAUCGGGGACUUUUUAACUGAAAAGAAGGUAGGUUAAAUUUAAGGAUAAAAAGCGGUUUUAAAAAAGGGUAGUUUCAGCACGAUCUUUGCUUCCUCUUGAAAACUUUGUUUCAAGAAGCUUAUAAAAAGCUAAAGCUUAUAUUACCCUGCGAGCAAAGGAUUCUUUCUGGCAUGGCUGUUAACAUUUACGCAUCCGUGACUGACAAGCGACGCGAAAGUCUUCGUAAAUAUUAAAAGCCGUUUUAGAAAUUACAAACCUCAGAUCGCGGGGUAUCAAUUAUACACUCAUUAUAAAGUUACAUGUUAGCGGAAAGUUUAUUCAUACAAAAUGUAGCUGAUGUACUGUUUUUGCUCAGCCUUAAAACGUUUUUCGCAUAGCCUUGUACAUUUUUUAUUCGUCGCAUAUUCUGUCCGUCUAUGACGAAGUAAGUUAUGGAAGUAACGGAUUAUUAAGUUUGUCAAGAAAUGUUGAGGCUGAAGAAAUUUUGUUGAAAGUCAAGAAUAUCUCUCUUUUGAUUUGUUGUAACAGGGGGGUGAAUAGGGGUAUGCAAAUCCGCCGAUCCGUGGUAUUUUUAGGCCCGAUCCGUCGAUCCGACUUAAUUUUUGUUCUAAUCCGAAUCCGUGUUACUUUAAAAAGUUUUCGUAGUAUAUAGAAAGUAGCGUUGUAGCAUGAAAAAAUGAAUUACUUGAUAUAGUUGUUCUGUAAUCGCAACAGAUGCGGGUCUUCAUGUUUAAAAAGUUUUCGUUACAGCUUCAAAACAUUAAGCAUUAGGGACAGAGCUUAUAAUGUUUCUUCCAACAAUACAGAUUUAACUAAUCAAAUAGUCUGCAAGCUUGCAAAAUAAAAGUAUCUGGUAUUGCGUAAAAGAUUUUUCAAUAACUUUACUUACUGACAUCACUUUGGACGUGCUUCUAGUCGAGCCGCAAAAUUCGGAAGAGGCAGAACUCAACUUCAUGGUAAUUUGCUUACCAGUAAGUAUUUUCCAUGGUUCAUCUUUUGCCGUGUUUACCCUCAACCAAGAUGGCGACAGAAACCGUGAAAAGGUCUAUUAAGUUAACGAUCAAGACAAGCAAACUAGCUGAAAUAGCUUCGAAGAACAUAAUUUAUAUCAGUUCAUGUAUAAACCAAAUAUAAAGCUUACCGAACGUGCUCGCCUAGCUUCACCACACUUCCCUACUGACUGGAAUCGACGCAGCAUCGAAACAUAUUUUUUUGAAUAAAGUCAUCGCCUUUGGCACCUUCGUGGUAGAAAAAGGCUACACACUCGAUAGUUCUAGUUUCCAUUUUGCAAUUUAAACCGGAAUUUACACGAACGCAUUCACAGAUCUUGUCAGGUCACUUAGCAUUACCGCCAUUACCUGAACCAUGUGCCACCAUGCAGGAACCAUGCACAAGGUUGCCUGACGUCAUUUCCGUCACGUGGUCUAUACUAGAAUACAUGUAUACCGUAUGAGUCGGGUAACGAGAAAGCCUCUUUCGGAAACCUCGGAAGUGAAACGUUAGGCGACAAAACACCAGCACAUUGACCAAGGCUGACUGAAAAUUGAUGAUCCGAUCCACGAUCCGAACUUCCAGACUGACAGAAUCCGGAAACCGGGCCAAAACUUUCAGCUGAUCCGCGAUCCACGGUAUUUUUCAAAUCCGCGAAUCCGCUCGAUUUAUCGCCGAAAUCCACAAUCCGUGAGCUUUUUAAGGCCAAAUCCGCCGAUCCGCGGACCUAUUCACCCCCCUCUUGUAACAUGUUAACUUUCAUUGGCUAGUCAGACGUAAGCUUAUAUUUUACUUGAUAGUUGUAUGUUUACAGCACACCUCCAGUGCUUUGUUGAUAUUAAUUUUUUCGGAGAUUACUAAGUAAAUGCGGGUGACAAGAUCAGCCCACAGCCUUAUCUUGACUUGGUCAGCAGCACUUUAUUAACUGUAUGGCUAGGUUUUACUCGAUCGGUUCACAUUCUUGAGAUCUCGGUGUUCUUCAAACUGAUAUGCAUGGUAUGUGAAUGGUCAGCUGUUUUCAUGAUGCUGCAAAGUCAGCGUUUUUCACGGUACUGACGCUACGUAUCGCUGCAUGCAUUGAACUUCGAGAAAGAAGAAGAGGUGCAAGAAGAAAAGUGAGUGUUUGGAAUGAGUGAGUUGAGCUUAAUACAUGCCACAAUUGAUUUCAGUUUAAGCUUAUAUAAAUCCUCAAAGUUAAACACUUGUGCUCCAUUUCUCUCAUUGUUUUCAUGAUUGAUGUUGAGUAUUCAAAGCAUGUUAAUCAAUUUGCCUAGGGUAAUGCGUAGUUUGUUUGCCAGCCUGGUAUUUAUUUACCCAGGAAAAUGAAAGUAGAGCCUGAUCUCAGCUUAGUGCACGAGAAGUUUUCGGUAAGAUAUGACUGUUAGCAAAGUCUAGAAAUCGAAAUUUAUUCAGGUUUUGCUACAGUGCAUGGUUUUUAUAUUUUUGUGCAUUUCCAAGCAUGUUAUGUCGCUUGUCAUCCGAGCAAAAGCUUCUAAGCUUUAAAUUGGUAAUUUCAGCUGUUUCAUAGUAUCGCAUAUCAACGGCCUAUGGUCAUUGGACACGGAUUGAAUAUUUGAUUGAAUUUAAAUAAGAUUUCAUGCAGUCAUGACCUUAAACAUGCAUUACUAGUGUCACGCAUUGCUGUUUCAAUGUAUCUUUGCCGGUGAAUACAGCCGUCUCCUUGCUCCUCACCAUUCACAGGCUGAUAUUGUAUCCAAGCACAUGUGAAUAAAAUCUUGAAUUAAAUAUGUGUUUACUGUGUUGUUCAAUCCAGUCUAGUUUUCAUGAUCAGCAGUGAUAACCUUUUGUUGACACUGGAAAUAAGGGCGUACACAAUUAUGAAAGGGGUUUUCAUCAAUCACAUCUUCACCCGCAUUUCCUAGCCAAUGGCUAAUGCUAGUUGAUAUUAAUUUAGUAGAUAGGGUAGUGGUAGUCAGUUUGUUUUCAUGUGGAGGCUUCCCUGUGUGCAUUCAAUGUUUUUUUCUAAAUUCAAUCAUACAUGGAUGUGCAACAUAUUAAUAUUUUACUUAAAAGAUCAAAUAUAAAUUAUUGGACCUAUGAUCAAACACUAACUUUUGAAGCUUUUGAAGCUUUUGAGGCUGGACAAAUUUCGUGGCUUGAAUUUUUAUGGCUGAUGUGUGAAUGAAUUUUCCUUUACUUUCUUAGCAGAUAUUUUUUGCCAUUUCACUGUUCAUAUUUUUUCUUUCACAAAAUUAAUGACGUACAGGAAUUUGGUUUUGCUAAUUGCCCAAAUUAAAAUUAAUUGCCCAACACUAAUUUCUGUGCAUGUAUCAUUCCAUGAAAUAUUAACCACAUUCCUGAAGAACUUAUUAAUAUUAGACCUAAAUACUGAUCUGCAUUUUUAGUCAAACCUCAUGGUUUGUUAUUCGUUUGUAAAACAACUUGAGAAUCUUUGUUUUCAAAAAACAAUGUGGUGGGAUAGUCUUCUUCCAAGUGCGCCAGUUCCAGUAGUCACACUGUAAAGUUUUCAGAGGUUGCAUAGUUGAAUUUUGACUUUUAUUGGCCUGUUUGCAAAAUAACUUGAGAAUCCUUUGUUUUCAGAUAUCGUUGUGAUUGGACAAUCUUCUUUUAAGUGCACUGGUUUGAGUAGUCACAAUGUAACUGUUUCAUUGUAGAAACCACAAAACAAACAGGGCAUUCUCUGCAUCCUAUUAUUUUUUAUAAAUACUAUUUUAACAUUGCUAUCAGUAGCAAUGGGGAUUAGAUAUUAGUUCCUACCGAAUCACAAGUCUGAAUCUUUACAAUCAGCGAACAGGGGUUUCAAUAAAAAAAAUUGAAGUAGCCAACAGGUUUGAAUAGAGUGGCCAACUGUGUCAACAAGGAGCCAGUAAUCCAUGUUUUCAAGGGGUGUCUGGGGGCGACUUUUCCAUUCAAGAAGAUGUGAGUUUAAGUCAAAUUUUGCUUAUUAGCUAUGCAAUUAACUCCUACAAGCAAAUUAUGAACAAAUGAUAAUUACUAAGUUACAGACAUUUCUGCGUGAACAAAUUCUAGUUUUGUCCACGACAUUAUUUGAACUAGUUGCUUCUUCUUUGGGGGGAAAAAGUAGCCAACUUCUCUGAACAAUGUACAUGUAGCCGACGCUUUUCACUGGUUGUUGGUGCUUUUUAAAACUCCCUGAGCAAACUACUGAAUUACCAAGUUAAAAUACUAUCAAAGAUCUAAUAUUCUUCUUUAUAUUUCCAGUGUUUUUCAGCGGAAGACAUUUUUAAAGAGUUAGAAGAGGAAGGCCAUCAUCACGAGGAAGGUGAACACGGCCAUGAAGAAGAAAAGGUUCUUGAUCAACAUGAUUUUGAGAAAGCCUGUGCCAGCAUUAUCCUGCACCUGGUUAAAGGAUACUGUAUCAAGGAGGGUCACGGACACAACAAGACCAAAUCUAAUCUACCAUCAAAAGAAUUCUUCAUUAAUGAACUUUUUAAUGGCAAAAAGUACCUUUCUGAAGAAGGCUUAGAAAGCAUUGCUGAAAGUCUUGGUAUUGGAAAGAAAUCUUCUGAAUCAACAGCCUCGUCUUCAAGUGAAAGCCAUGAUUGCCAUAACCACAGACCCCGAAGGUCUGCUGCAUCUGCUGUGUCAUCACAGGAGGAAUCAGCUGCAUCUCACAACCUUCAUCGCCGUGCAGUUGAUUCUCAUACUCACAGUAGUGGUGGAAGUGGCAGUGUAGGUGCUACUCAAACAUCAAGCCUCCUCCUUACCCCCAUACAGGCCUUCUGAUAGGUCGUGGAAAAAAAAGUCAAAUUUUGCGGGAUUUUUAGGGACAAAAUCGCGGAAAAAUCGGCCGAUUUUGCAGGAUUUCGCGAGAAUUUUUGGGGCAAACUUGGCCGGAAAGCAAUCAAUAAAAAAACAGCAGAUUUUGUGGUUAUUUUCAGGGCAAAUUUUGCUGGAAACCGAUCGGUUUUGCACCAAUCAGACCAGUGUUUUUAAUGUUUUUCUAACAGAGGUCAUCAUUAAUUUUGCUCUUUCAACAACAAUACGCUCCAGAAAUGAACCAAUGGCAAAGCCUUUAACAUCAUCGCUAGUGCUCAGUUUUUCACAACAUAAUCUACGCCUGCUAGUUUCGGAACGUUGUUUGCACAUUUCAGUGGUGAAGUUUUGACAUAAAUUUGCGAGUUUAAGUACCCCCAGUAGCUGAAACAAGUUUCAAAAUAGCUGUACAGACAUGCAUUUGAUAAGAUUUCGCUGGAUUUCGCAGAUUUACCUGAAUUUCGCUGCUCCGCGACCGCGCAAAAUAUCAGAAGCCCUGCCUAUACUAGCCUACUUACAUUAAUAUGCUUUCCAUUGGUAUGAUCUGGACCGGGAUCAGUGAUCUGAUAUCAGUCAGAUCAUUGCCCAUCAAAGGAACCCACAAAAUCCACCCUGGAAAAGGAUUCAUUGGUUCUUUUGAUCUUGAUCCAGAUCAUUACAAAACAAUCUUAUUAAACUUUAUGAAUCCUUUUAAACUUUUAAGGGACAUUUAUAAAUUGAGUUUAGUAAAGCUUGAUUGUCAUCCUUGAGACAAAGUUCCCCUCCCCCUCUUUUUUUUGAGUCACUCAAAUCUUUCUGGGUUUCAUGUGUCGUACAGUAAAGGAACUUCUAUCUUUUUUGAGGUAAUUUGUAUACUUGGCUGAGUAAACCUUACUAUGUUCUCAUUAACCUUAAAAACCAGCAAGAAUAACCAGUUCUUUGGAAAGAAGUUGAAAUUAGUACACUGUAGUUUUGUGACCUUAGAUAACUUCUUACAUUGUGUCUAUUGUACUGUAUCUAUAUAUAGCAGCCUUUUCAACUUAAACUGUACGUUAGGUUUACGCAAUAUAAUAUGUAUUCCUGAACAACGAUCAGUUACUUGUUUACAAAGAAUAUUCAUGUUUUUUAGUGUUACUCAGUUGAUCAGAUGCUGACAGUUUUUGACAUUGAUCACUCCAUUGGAGCAGAUGAUUAUGACUUCAAACAGCUUUGCCCUGCUUUUAUUCAACAAGCAAAGAGUGGAGCUUGCAAGCAACAGUCAAACCAAACAAAAACACAUCCAGAAAAGCAUAUGGGAGAAAGUAAGUGUGCAUGUUAUAGGUCAUGUUAUGCGGAAUAUUUUAUGAUUACGCCUUCUGGAUUGUGUUCGCUUUAAGGAGGAUUUCGUUAAUCGAGGCUCGUUAAAUCGAGGCCUUGUUCCAUACAUUACAUUUUACUGUAAUUUUGGCCGGGCGGAAGAAAAUUGUUCUUAAUAUAACCAAGGACUUCAUUAUAUAGAGGUUUGUUAAAUCGAAGUUCCACUGCAUCUGUAUUAAUUUUUCUAGGAAACCUUUUUCUUUGUGAUAUUUUGUUUAAAAUAUAAUAGGAAUGUCUUCAUUAAUUUUGAGAGUUCUGAUAGCAAGCAUUGUACUGGUUUAACUCAUGAUCUUUUUGGUUUUGUUUCUUAUCUCCAGUCUGGGGUUAUGGCUUUGCCGCUGUUUCUAUCAUCAGCCUUACAUCUUUAGUGGGCGUGGCUACUAUUCCAUUUCUGGGAAAGAAAAUGUACAAGAAGAUCUUGGCAAUGUUGGUGGCUCUUGCUGUGGGAACUCUUGCUGGAGACAGCGUACUUCAUCUCUUACCUCAUGUACGUUGCCCAUAGACCCUGUUUAAAAAGGUCCAGACAAAUUUAUUUUUAUGCAACCUGUUUAUAAUACAGAAAUGUGCACAUUCCAUUACAGAUUGCUUUAAUUGUUCACAGUAGUCAGCUGUUCUGAAAACCUCUGAAGGUUUAAGUGUUUCACUUCUAGUUAAAGUUAGCUUUUUGCUAGAACCCUGAAAGUGGUUUCUUAAUUGUAAUGGUAAAAUAAUUAUUAAUUAAUAAAUCAUUUUGUGGUCAGGCAUUUGGUCUCCACCAACAUGAAGAUACAGCCGAAGGUGACGGCCAUGCUGAUCAUUCAGAAGAGAAGGGAUUCAUUUGGAAAGCCUUGGUGGUGCUGCUUUCCAUUUAUGGAUUUUUCUUGUUUGAAACUUUGAUGCAUCUGUGUUUGAAGAGCAAAGCUGGAGAUCAUGGUGGCCAUAGCCACAUUGAUGUUGAGGUCAGUAAUAAUACAAUAUUUAUUAUACUGUUUCAGACCUGAGAACUACAAAAGUAAAGUGAUGGUAAGUUUUGAUAUAUCUUUUUAGUAAAAUCCAACUAGUGGUCUAUUAUCAAUGCUGCAUUCUGAUUGGUUGAGCUACUACUAGGCUAUAUGUUAUAGCCCCCUAGUAGCGAAAAGCACGGGCUUUUUGGCAGCAAAAAAGGAUUAAAGUCUAUCUUUAACUAGCUAUUUUUUUUCUUCUUGAUAUUUUUGACCAACUAGUUGGAUUGGCCUCAUGGCCUCUGAGUCAAUAGUCCAUUCGGCCUUCGGCCUCAUGGGCCAUUGACUCAGAGCCUAUUCGGGCUCGAGGAAUAAUUGUUAAUUAAUCAGUGUAAACAAAAAGAAUAUUAUAUUUCGUUAGGUACAUGUACAUGUAAGUGCUGCAAACAAAGAGGUUUCAUUUGAAUGAUCAUGCCAUUGGAUUAAAUAGUCGAACUCAAAAUCCAAACCACCUUACACUGUAUAUGAUGCUAAGUGUAAUAAACAGUACCACAGCAAAGUGCUUCUCAGCAGCUUUCAUUUGAACCAUCACUGACACUUAUUAAUUCAUUUCAUCCUUAGGCUUUAAAGUUAACAAUAAUAUUUUUAUAACUACUGAAUGUGCUUUUGCAAACAGCAAACGAGUCCAACAUUGGGAUAAUUAUACAUUUCUGGAAAACUGCCCACCUACCCCUCUCCUAAGCCAACAUUUUGCCCAAAGUGAGAAGUAAGUGUUAAUAUUGGCUUAAGGGAGGGGUAGGUGGGCAGUUACCCAGAAACGUAUAAUCCAUAAUUCUGUUAUAUCAUUAACCAUUCUUUGGAAACCAAGAUUACAGGCCGUGCGUUCUAAUCUAAUUAUAUACAAUGUGCAUGUACAGUCUUACUGUGCCAUUUCCCAACUUCUGAAACAAGAAGGAAACUUGGUGAGCUUAGCUUUCAUAAAGACUUCUUGGAUAUCGUUACUGGGGACACACUAUUAAGCUAUUGGUCAAUUUGUUUCCCUGUCCCCAGUAACAGUUCUAGAAGUCUUUGCAGUAGUUAACUGGGCCCAGUUUGCCUCUCAUUUCUAAACUGGCAAAUGGCCAUUUACUGCUCACAGAUAACUUGCUGGCCUGAUUGUUUGACUAUUUUCAAAUAUCACACGACUAUAUAUGCAAAAGGAAUUAAGAAAGUAAUGCUUCCUUUUGGCUUAAAGUAAGCUCCAUUUUUUGUACAGCUUCCUGGACCUUCAAGUCGGCACAUGAGCUUUAAAAAGCAAAGGAGAUGUUCCAGGCUGGAGCAUCAUGAAGGAGAUCAUCCGCUUGGUAAAAAUGAUGAAAAGCCUCCCAUGGAAAAUGGUGACAUUGUUUUAACAAACAUGGUGAGUGUGACGAUAUUGCAUUGUUUUAGCAUCCAACCAGAUUUUAGCAACAGUUUAAUGUCAUGGCCGCUCAUGAGCUCACUAUGUUCUGAUUUUUAUACAAGUUGAGAUUUAAGUAUGUGAGCCAAUUAUUUACAUGGCAUCAGAAGUUGGACACAAAAAGUGUAGAGGUGUAGAAUACAAAUCAAAUGUUUAUUUAAUAGGAGGAUAUAUUAAUAAUAAAAUUUAAUAGUAUAUUGAUCCACCAACCAUGAUCAAGGUUCAUGAUACACCAAUCACUAACAACCACGAUGACAGUCCCACUUAAUAAAUCAACACUACUGUCUGAUGAAACCCUGUACUUGAUCAAAAUGUCACAAUCAAUAUCUAAGUGACUCUUGUGAGACAAUAAAAGUAGUCAUAAAAGGUUUACAUCUCUACUUCAGCAAUAACAGUGGCUUUUAUAAGGUGUUGUUUUGGUUUUUCAAAUCCUGUUACUGAAAAAGUAUAUAUAAUUUUAUAUAUUAUCUUUUUUACAUGUAUAUGUAGUGUCAUACUCCAGUGCUUCUGGUGAAAAUUAAGGAUCAUUAAAAAAGUCAAACUGCCAAUUGUUUUAAACUUUGGUUCCAGUACCACAGGGCAGUCAGAAAAAUAUUAAUCUUCCAGCUCAAGGGAUUAAUAAUAUUGUUAUGAUUUUUUUUGGUCAAUAAUCUAGUGACCAGUCCAUAAUCUUGAAAUUUAUGAUCCUGAAUUAAAUAUAAAAAAGUUUAAUCCAGUGACAUCAAGAGUCUGACACUCUAAAUUGACUGAAUAUUUGACUUACUUAAGUACAUAUUUUAAAGCAAUUUUUAAUUUAAAAUUUCUGUAAUAUCCAGCUUGAUAUUAGAAUAAUUUAUAGCUAAAGUUCUGUCUGUGUUUUUUUUAAAUGUUACAUUUGUAUGCAAUGAUAUCAAUCAAUGACAUAAAAUUGGUAAUUUAAGUUAAUGUUUAUAACCUUGGUCUUCUGUCACAAAAGGAUGGUUCCAUAAAGAAUUUUAGUAGCAGCAGCACUACAAGUCCUUCUUGUACAUUACAUUCCCACUGUGUUUAUGAACACGUAUCUGGUACAGAUACUGAUGAUGGUGGAUAUGAGGUAAUUAAUGUUAAGAACAAUAAUACUGAUAUUAAUUUAAAUGUCAUUAUUAAAAAUGUGGCACAAACGUGUAACUGGCAUUUUAAGCAUCAAUAAACUGAAAUAAUCAAAGAUCAACAGAAGUUACUUAUAAACAUCAAUUUUCUUCAAGUCAUUUAUGUUUUAUUGGCCAGUUGCUUAUCAAUUCUGAACAGUUAAUUCUCCCAUGACUGUGUGAAAGGUUACAUGUAGUCUAUCUGUGAUAUUCAAGUGGAUAAUUUUUAGCAAGCCAUUAACCCAUUCGCCCCUGAACUGCCCGUAACCGCCCGUGCGGAUCCAGGUCCUUUCUACCCAUUGUGACGUCAUCAGUUUUAACGGUCAAAGACAACUUUCUUCGCUAACUUGUGCAGAAUGAAGAGAUCUUUCAAACCAUACCAGAAUGAGCACAAUUUAGUCAAGGACACCGGAGAAACAAGCAAAAAACCACGUGACAUCGACCGGAAAAUCUCCAUGAAAAUCUUGUUCCAUUACCCACCUACCUUUCCUUUCAACUAAUCCUAAGAUCCUAAAAGCUUUCCUAAAAACUCUUCCCACCAAAAUCAAGCCUACUAAAUGCCCAGCAAGAGAAAAAAAAAAUGAGGCAAGAAAAGCGAAAAAAGAAGGGAGGAGAGAAAGCGAAAAGUAACAGUCAAGACUGCUGUGUCACUUUAAAACCCAACCCAUGCUUUCUGCGCAUGCCCGAACUUCGCAAGCUGAUAUUUUGCAUCUGGAUCAGAAGGCCGCAAAGUGUUCGACCUGUAAACCAGUUUGUGGUAAGCUUUAGCUCUUUAUAGAACGACAGUGACCAGAAAACAACGCGACUAGCUUCCAAACGCGUUUUUCGGCAAAAUCUCCAGGGGCGAAUGGGUUAAUUUCCUUUAGUUUCUGCAAUACUAGAUGUAACACUAAAUUGUAGCAAACGAACAAAUUGUCAGUAAUUAUUUGAAAUUCAUCAACAUACACCAACAAAGAAUGAUUAAAAAGUGUAUCUGUGCAGGAAACAGACGUUAAUGACUUUGAAGCAUACGUAUCAUGUGAAUUUAUGUAAUGAUGAGUCACUUAAACAGCAGAUUCUCAUAAUUAUUUUUUUGUGAGCACCAAGGCACAUGUUGAAGGUUUUGAUACUUUUUCUUCCAUUUGCUUCUGUGUUACAAUUACCAGCCUCAUAUCUCUAGCUCCAUAAAUGAAAGAGCUCAAAGUUUUUUGGAGAAGGCAACAUUAUUCACAGCUGCAAAUCACAAAAAAGUGACCAGAACUGAAAGAGCCAUUUUUCUAUUUUCUUUGUUUUUAUUUAAAAUUUCUAAAAUCUGAACUGAGAGUUUGUGAUAUUCUAAGAAGGCAAAUUUCUUAAUCUUGAGCAGGAUAUCAAAGAUGGUUUUGACGAUCCUAAAGACAAAGUUCCCGAAGGUCAUCAAAAUACAACAGAUAACCGCAAGAAAAGCCUCAAACGCAGCUUAUCACACCGCUCCGUUUUCAGCGAUGAAUUAGAAAGAAACAAGGAAUCAUUCAAAAGUAUUUCCACUGUGGCAUGGAUGAUAAUCAUUGGAGAUACUCUCCAUAACAUCAGUGAUGGAUUGGCCAUCGGUGCCGCUUUUUCGGAGGGUGGUAGCUCGGGUGUUUCUGGUGGAAUCAGUACUUCUGUUGCUGUGUUUUGUCAUGAGCUGCCUCAUGAACUUGGUAAAUAAUUAUCUUGAUGAUUUUUAAAUUUACAUUGUAAGUAUCCCUCUAUUGGUUGCAGAUGUUACAUGAUGCCCCAAAUAAGCUCAGCUGGAUGAAGUUUAGUGAGGGGCAGGCCCAGAUUUAAAAUGUGGCAGGACCACAAAGGGUUCUUAAAAAACUGGUCUGAUAGUGGCAGCCAGUGUUGUAUCUCUACUGACAUCUGAGCUAACUACAAACAAAUGAUGUAUUUAGCAGACAUAUAUUGUUGGUUACUAAUCUGUAACAUUUAUUAUUUAAUUAUGUAAUAUUUAUGUCAAAGAUACACAGUAGUGUGGAAAGGGAGUAGUUUGGGUAGCCUGGGGCUAGUGCACUUUUCCAUCGCGCUGGUAAAUUCUGUUCUUAACUUGCCUGAUGGGCAAGAGAAGAUUAUUGGGAAAUUCAAUUUGUUACAGAAGAACUGUAAUCAAUUGUGCGUGUCAAAAUUUAUUUUCACGCCAAUUGAAAUGACUUUUGGGUUAUUACAUGCAAGCUAUACGUAAACUGACUUUCUCUGCACCCUGAUACAUCACCUGAAUGUUGCAUAGGAUUAUUAUAGAAUUGGCCAGAGCUGAAAGCGAAGCUCCCAUUUAUGCAUUUUAAAAUUACUUGAGGCAAUGGAAUUUUAGACCAUUGCAAAGAAAUCCACAAAUCUAUGCUUAGCUUUAGGGGAGAACCAUGUGACUGAAAAACAUAAACUUUAGUCUACUAUCAAUUAAAAGCUAACAACUGGUCAGCGGAAAACUUCAAAAAGGCGCGUGCCCUCAAUGAGUUGGCACCUGAGCCCGUAAUACGGUCAUGUGACUCUGGUCAGCGGAUACCUUGUUUUGACAGCUGUCAAUUGACCAUAAUAUGGAUGUCUAUUAUCAAGUUAAAUACCGGUUAGAGGCAUUUCACAUUGGUUUUCCUGUGGCGCGGACGGACGGACGCACGGUCACGUGAUGACCAAAAUUUCUUAGCUGGACGGGAUAGAUUACCAAAUUUUCUUAGGUAUGGGGCUCUGCUCACGCGCGCGUGGAGCUCCGCAGAAAAGACCACUGGUUUUUGUAUUAAUCAUGACGUUAAAUAAAUUGAUAUUUGUGCUGUACCAGUAUUUUAAAGUUUUACAGCCUGGAAGUAGUGUUAUUAUCACAGAAUGGUUUUAAUAAAACUUAAGUCAAUUUUUUUUUCUUUCUCCUUGUGUCACAGGGGACUUUGCAGUUUUACUGACAGCUGGCAUGACAGUCAAGAUGGCAUUGUUAGCCAACUUGCUUUCUGCCUUGUCUUGUUAUAUUGGCUUAGCAAUUGGUAUUUACGUUGGUCAAGAAGCUGAUGUGCGUUUCUGGAUAUUUGCUGUUGCUGCUGGAAUGUUCCUUUAUGUCGCAUUGGUGGACAUGGUAAGAGUUUUAGGAGUAUCGAUAAUGAGAUGGAAAGUCUCUUCUUGCUGUCCAUUUCCCAAUGGACAAUUUAGGAUGAAACAACGUUAUGGGUAGACCGCAAAACAGUCCGUAUUUUUGCGUAUGCAUGUACGUGCGAGUAGUCGAGAGAGGCUGAAAACGGAGAGCGAGACUGGGGAGAGACGCUAAAAAUACGUUUUUCUUUUCUCUCGCAUCACACGCCUCACAGGUGAGGCUCUUGAUCCACGCUAAACCGAUUUUGAGAAAGUGAGAAAAAAAACGGCUGUUUUGCAGUCUACGUUGUGUGGUUCCUGAGCUAUUAAACAAAUGUGUUGUUGGAUGAGGCUUCAGUGAUAUCCGGAGUAAGGUUAUCGUCCGUGGUUGUCAUGGAAGUCACCGAAAAGAUCUUUUCGUGACAUACCCUGUAGCUGUUCUUGGGCCAGUAGGUAGUUUUCCAUUGAAAUCCCUUCGUUUCGAUGGCGCAACUUGGCAGUGGUUCGCAGGGGUAGUUCUCGCUCAUCACGUUACCAUGGAUACCUCCUUGCCGUAGCCCCGAAUUCCGAAUCCCAACAAAUUGUAAGGGGAAUGAGUACAAGCUUUCGCGCAAUGAUUUCUAAGAUCCUUUGGGUGGCAUUGCAUUGCAUAUGAUUGGUUAAAGGCUGCUUUGAACACCAUCGAGCAAUCAUAACUAACACUUGUCUAUCCACGACAUCAGAAAUCACUGUACCCAAAGCUUGUGCCCAUUCUCCCUAGGUUUUCUUAAGUGGGUUAUGGUACUCAGCAACUUCUGAAGCCCUUUUUCACAGCUCAUCUUCGGUGAUGACAUUAAUUGAUAAUUUUUAUGUUUUUUUUUUCUUGAUCACAGCUUCCUGACCUGAUGCACAGCGAAACUCUUCAAGCAGAACCUGUUGCUACGUUCUUGUUACAGAACUUCGGUUUGGUCCUUGGAUUCGGGAUUAUGUUGAUAAUUGCGCUCUAUGAAGAGGACUUAAUGGCAAUUAAUUUCUAG